UUACUAUUUCAGUUUACACAAUAAUGUAAUUCAGUUCAGUCACAUCUUAGCGCAAUUGCUUUACAGUUAGUUAUGUUUUUACUACUAUUAUUAACCGCCUGCACAGCAGCAUUUUUCUACAUAAAAUGGAAUUACACUUAUUGGCAACGCAAGGGCUUCCCGUACUACGAACCCAAAAUACCCUUUGGCGUGCUGGAUGAGGUGCGCAAGCGAAAAGCUACAUUCGGCAUUGCCGUCUCUGACGUCUAUCGCAACACCAAGGAUAGAGUGGUUGGUAUUUACCUAAUGACACGACCCGCUUUGCUCGUACGCGAUGCGCACUUAGCACGCGACAUGUUGACCAGGGAUUUUGAAAGUUUUCACGAUCGUGGCAUACAUGUUGACGAUGAAAAGGAUCCACAAUCGAGUGGUGGUGUUUUCUUUCUUAAGGGACUGGAUUGGAAGAGUUUACGUGUGAAAUUGACACCGUUAUUUACGUCCGGCAAAUUGAAGGCCAUGUUUGGCACUGUUGAGGAUGUGGGCGAUAAAAUGGUAAAUUACUUAAAUGCGCAAUUACCAGACGAGGGUGCAAAGGAGGUGGAAAUGAAGAGUGUAAUGAGCACCUUUGCCAUAGACAUAAUUGCAUCGGUGAUUUUAGGCUUGGAGGUGGAUAGUUUUGUAGAGCCAAAUAAUGCCAUACGAAAUAUCAGUCGCAAAAUCAAUUUACCGACGUUUGGCAAUGUGGUACGCGGCACAUGCCAAUUCCUUUAUCCGGGGUUGGAGCGUCUUUUUAUGCGUUUGGGUUGGCGAGAAGAAGCGCCCAAUAUGAUGAGAGAUCUCGUUAAGCAGACCAUACAAAUGCGUGAGGCACACAAUAUUUCACGAAAGGAUAUGCUGCAACUCUUGAUGCAACUGCGCAAUAAGGGGGAAAUUAACGCCGAUGAUAAUGAUUGGUCGGCGACAAAAGUCGGCAAAGUGGAUUCCAAGCAUAUGUCCAUCGAGACAAUCGCUUCGAAUCUGUUUCUCUUCUAUGUGGCCGGCUAUGAAACGACUGCCUCGACUGCUUCAUUCACUGUCUUCGAGCUGUCACAAUAUCCUGAGGUGUUGGAAAAGGCGCAACGUGAUAUUAGAGAAGCCUUGGAGAAACAUGAUAAUAAUUUCACAUAUGAGGCAGUGCAGGACAUGAAAUAUUUGGAUCUCUGCAUAAUGGAAACCACACGCAAAUAUCCCGGUCUGCCUAUACUCAAUCGUGAAUGUACCAAGGACUAUCCUCUGCCCGAUAGUAAUUUGGUAAUAAAGAGUGGCACACCGAUUAUUAUACCACUGCUGGGUAUGCAUCGUGAUGAAAAGUAUUUCCCCGACCCAAUGCGUUGGGAUCCAGAACGUUUUUUGAACAAAAAUUAUGAACCCGCUGCUUAUAUGCCAUUCGGCGAAGGACCGCGGCAUUGCAUCGCUCAACGUAUGGGCAGGGUGAAUACCAAAGUCGCACUGGCCAAGCUGCUGCUCAACUUCAAUAUCGAAGUAAAUCCUGUGCGUAAGGAGAUUGAAAUCGCCAAUUUUGGCGUACCAAUUAUUGCUAAAGAUGGUGUAAAUGUGCGUUUAUCGAAGCGAAAAUCGACGUAAAUUUACUUUUAUUGCUUGAUUGUUUACUUGUAAUAUUUGUCCAGAUGUAAAUUAAACAAAAAAUUUAAAACAAAAAAUAUAUUUUUUUUUAGCGCUCAAAACUUUUA